AUGGGACUGGAAGCGGCAGAGUUGGCGCGGUGGACUCGCUUCGCAGCCAAGGGCGGCAUUGGGAAGUGCACGGCGAUAAACGACUGCGUGGCGGAGAGUGCGGAUGACUUGAUGUUUCUCAAGGACGAUGAGAUCACGGUGCUGUUCCAGCUACCGGACAUGGAGGGAUUCUACUUGGGCUACUGUGAAGGGGUCGUCGGCCGUUUCUCCGGUGCAGAUGUCAUGUUUCACGCCAAACUGAAGAAACCCGUCAUGACGAAACGAUCCUCGGUGUCAGCGUCUUCCACAUCGGCCUCUGGGCCAGCCAAGUCGCCGUCACCAUCUGGUCAGCCGCUGUCGCGGAGAGGAUCGGCGCAGGUCGGAGGCAGGCAGAGGAGUUUGAGUGUGACUCGGAGUGGAGGCCAAGGCGGAAGUGGGAAUGGGAGCAGGCCGCAGAGCAGGAGCCAGACGCCCCCAGCGAGCUCGCCACAGCCACAGCCCCAUCUGCCGCCUUCAGGGGCUGGCUCUGGGUCGACAUCGACGUCGCCGCUUCCCACCACACAUUCGGGCUCGAGUACUUCGCCUUUACCUUCCCAGUCGAGUUUUUCGGCGGCAACCUCAAGCUCAACCUCUAUUGCAAUUACUAACACGAGUGCACAUUCGGCAAGUUCGAGUUCUGCUGGCUCGAGCCGGACGGCGACUGCUACGCCACCCUCGCGGUCGCCUUCGUACUCUACGUCUUCGUAUGGUACAUCUCAUGCGACGUCCAACUCAGCAGCGUCCUCGUCGGCGUACUCGCAGUCUCAUGCGUCAAGUAUGUCGUAUUCGAGCACGGUAUACUCGGGCGACUUGUAUGGUUAUGCAAAUGCAAAUGCACACACGCACAAGCAAACGGCGUCGUACUCGUCGUUUACGUCGGCAUCCGCGUCGGUGUCUGCAGCUGCUUCGCCUCCAGCAACGACGACGACUUUCGCAGCCAACGGAAACUCCAACCACUCAAGCAAUUUCUCCUCGAACGCGAAUACCCCUUCUUAUAACCACAACUCGCAUACACCCUCCUACGUAACGUCCGCCUUCUCGCGAGACGCGGACCCAACGACACCCUCGUCCACAUCAUCCUACCCGGUAUCACCACCUCCGACAUCACCAACCUCUCCGACACAUGGCGUCUCCCCUCUUCCGCUACGCGCCUCUCCACUACCACGGACAUCGCCUAUCCCGACCUCACAUCUCAACCCAUCACACUAUCAUCCAAGCCAACCGCAUUCCUUUGGCUCGAUGCCCUCUUCCUCGCUGACCUCGCCCACCAGCCCAACCUUUCCAGCACACAGUCCUGGUUCGUCUUACCCACCUUCUCCUGUGGUUACGUCGCCGGUCUCUCCUUCGACGUCGACGGGCAGGGCAGCAUCGAGCUGGGCGAGCAACAGCGUGGGCGGUCGGGAGAGUGUGGGCACACCGUUGAGUUUGGUUUUCGGUGGUGGGCAAGGGCAUGGGUCGAGGUUUGGCAGCGUAGAAGUCGUGCAGGAGGAGAGCGGGGACGAAGAUGUGACCACGCCAUCGGACACAACUGCGAACGCAAUUGAGUUGCCUGCUACGACAUCAUCCGCGACAACGACAUCAACGACAAGCACGAAAAGACUCGGCAACAUCCCGCCACCUCUCAUCCUCCGAUCCGCGUCAAACUCAAGCUCGGCGUCGGGCACGAAUUCGACGGGCGAAGGAACGACUUCUCCACUUCGGAUUACGAAGAGAUCGCCUAGCUCGCCACCUGCGAACUCUACGAAUUUAUCAUUCGCUACUGCUGGGGGGCAUCACAUGCAGCACGGAGGCUACGGGACGAGAGGGUUGGAUAGAGCACCUAGUGUUGCUUCCGUUGCAACAAUGGGUACGGGUGGGUACUACACCGCGCCAAAUACCGCUUCAUCUGCUGUUACUCCUACUGCUUCUGCCUCAACUGGGUCUGGGUCUGGGUCAGGCAGCGGGUCGAGCGGUGCCAGCAGCUCGCACACGACAACGGCCACCCAACCCCCUCCCACAGCCACGAGCCCUCCAGAGUCUGCCCUGCCAUCGGCGCUCGACACCUCGGUAUCGACGAUGUCCGACCUCGCCGAAGCUCAUCCGGGCCGGUUCUCCGUAUGGGAUGUGUCAGCGACUUUGAAGGGGCUGGCGCAUAUGAGCCAGAUAUCUGAGGCGAGUGUGUAUAGUGAGGAUUCGGAGGCGAGGGUCUCGAGGGUUGUGGAAGAAGAAGAGGAAGAUGAGAGGACGGAAUCGAGAGGGUCAAUGGCGACUGAGAGUGUACACCCCAGCUCUUCCAUCACCAACGACACAACUUUCGACUCGACUCCGAGCGGCGCCAACGUCCAGACGAGGAUCGCGACUACGUUACACACCAAGCAGGUCAGCAUCCCGGACCUGCAAGAUUACGACCACGACCACGACCGCGACCAGGUCGGCAUUGGGCUUUCGUUGCUACAGGACCUGGUGGGCGGCAUGAACGACUGGAGCGAUUCGGAGGAUGGGAGUGAGUAUGACUCGCCUGCUCCGAGGGCUAGGCGGGUUAAUGGCGCGAGAGCGAGUUAUGCGGGCAGCGACGAGGGUACGGUUGAGGGUUUGGGGUAUGCGAGGUCGGAGGAUGGUCAUAGUGCAGGUCUUGUUCGAGGGGCGAGUGUGGGGCAUGGAAAAAUGGCGCCUCUGGGAGGGACGUUGGUUGAGAAGCCGGAGGAGACGGAGGAUACUGGUAAAGACCUAGAGAAGGAGGGCACCAGCUCGAACGUCAAGCCUAACGGGCAACAACCACAGUCGCAAGCCCAGAGCUUUCUCUCGCCUACGACGUCACCUACGGGCGUCGUCUUCCCGCGGCAUGCCAAUCCGCAAUCACCUUCGCCUACCUCACCUUCGUCGCCGUUCUCUCCAGGGCCUGUGCCUCAACCCUACGCACACGGGUAUGAAGCGAGAGAGAGGAGACCAUCACUUGCACCAAGCUCCAUGUCGGCUGCGUCAGGUGUAUCGGCAGGGUCUGGGGGUACAUGGGAGGGAGCAGGAGACAUCUACGACGACUACCGGUACUCGCGGUACUCGAUGAUGAGUAAAGCAUCGUUGGGGUUGGGCGACGGUUCUGGAACUGCAGGAGAGGACAAACCGCCGAUGCCUGAACGCAGCAGCAUCGAUUCGUAUUCACGAGGACCGUUGCAGCCGAGGGAGAGAGCUGACUCUAAUCGCUCUGCAGCGUCAUUGAAGAGCGAUAAGGAAAGGGAGAGGCUCACGCAGAUGAGCACGUCUCUGCCGCCAGCACGAGCUUUUGCGCUGUCCCAGCUCGACGAGACCGAUUCCCCGAUCGAUCCCUUCCGCUCAAACGUACUCGCACUGAAAGCCAGAGGAGCGAAUGUGGGCAACGCGAAUGUGUACCCGAGUGCACGGUUCGUGGAGGUCGAGGUUCACGAGGCCGAAGAUCAGGAGCGAGAGAAGGAAAGUGGAGAUGAGAAGCAAGACAGUGGCCCAGGUCAACGUUCGACACUUCGACCCGACGCUGGCGAGAAGAGGGCGAGGAGGUCGGUGCUCAGGUCAAGCGUCGACUCGGAGGCGAGUGUUUAUACGCAGAACAGCCGUCUCUCGAUGUUGGAGCGCGAAGUAGAGGGCGUACUCGCGCAGGCGAAAAGUCUGGGUGGACGUUCGUCGAGAGGAUCUGUUGGACCUGGCAGUGGGAGAGUUUCGGCAGAUGGAAGUGAGGACGAGAGAGCCUCGAAUGGGUCGAAUGGAUCAGGCGCCAGGCCACCUCCGCUUAGUCUCAACCUUUCGGCGUCGACACUUGGCCCACCUGCCGGCUUGUCGCCUCUCCUGCACACUGACUGGGCUUCGCCUGCUACAGCUACUGCUUUGGCCACUGCCCUACCGUUGUCACCUUCAGCUUCGGCCCUGAGUACGCCCAUCCCUGGCGGAGGAGCAGGAAUGGCGAGCGCAAUGAGGAUGCGUUUGGAGGGUGGACGGAGUCCUAAACCUGAGGAUGCUGAAGAGAAGAACGCCAACGGCAACGCGAAAAUCGAUACGUCGUUCGGUUCUUCCGGUCUUGGAAGCAGGAUUGUGGUUGAGGACGACGAAGAGCUGCCUUCGCGGGUGGGUCUAGGAGAGGGCGAGAGUAGAAAAGAGGAAAGUUCGUUCAUUACAGAGGGAGAUUCGGUUUCCACUGUGAAGCACGCCGGCGGAGCAGACGAAUCAUCAGAUACCCAGGACGUACUCGCUGGACUCGAUCAACAACCAGCACCAUCUCAGCAACCCCCCUCCCACCUCCGCCCCAACGCCGCCGCCCUCCUGGCUGCUCGUUCUGCCAACGAGCCGGGGCGCAGAUCGCUCUUUGCCCCGCAUCCCAACGCACCGAAGGCACCCGAGGGUGCGUAUAUCCCUAUGGAUGGGCCGCUCGUGGGCAGUGCGGGUGUUGGUGCGGCGGGAAGUCCGACGUUCAGAGGAGGAUUUGCUGGUCCUGGAGGGGCGCCGCAACUUCAGCCACAGUGGAACGGGCAGCCACAACAAGCCCAAGGGUACCCACAUCCUCAAGGUCCAAUGCAAGGCCAUCCUCAAGGUCAUUCUGGAGGACCAUACUAUCCCCCCUUGGGACCAGGCUAUCGCCCUGGUCCACCUAUGAGACCAUCCGUCAUCAACGUCAUCCGGAUGGCACUCUCUCGGCCCCCACCACCCCAUCCUCCCAAUCCACCUCUCAACGCGCUCCAGAAUAGACCGCCUGGCGCACAGCGACCUCCGCCUCCCGGACCCACCAUCUAUGCUAGGACAGAAAUCGACCUAGCAGCUUCGUUAGGACCUGUACCGAUCCUGUUCAGUGCUGACCCGCUCCCGCCUGUUGCACCACCUGUAGUACCGCAGACCGUGGCGCAGGUCCAGGAGAAGGCUGUGGGUAAGGUGAAUAUGGUGCCGAGGAGCGGGUUGGCUGCGCCACCAAUUAUCGCCCCGACGGUGGAGGAGGUGAGGGCACCUGUGAGGUCGUCCUCCGUACCUGUACCCGCGCCUGCGACGAACUCAGCUGCAGGCCCUUCGAACUUGAAUCGUUCUUCAAGUGCAGCUGGACCGACGACGGUGUUGUCCUCGACCCCAGCGGCAGCACCACCACCAACGGUCCCAUCGACAAUGUUGCCACUCGCCGCUAGACCAGCCUCUCUCCAAAGCCCUCAAACACGGCCGUCGACAGCGGAUGGCCCUCCAGGACCGAGUUCGAUUACUGCACCUGAAACUACACCGACAGGCUCCACGCCGAUUCCGAGAGCAGGAUUCACACCGCAGGCACCUGGACUCCGGCCGAGGUCGAGGAGUUUCUCUUCGUUUAGAGGUGGGAAUAAGAAUGGGUCGGAGGAGAGCCGCGAAGACCCUGAUUCCAGCCGCGAAAGCAUCAAGCGCUCGCUGACCAGUUCCUCAUCAUCAUCCUCUUUAGGACCUGCCACCAACUCUAAAACGCCUGCCAAAUCAUCUCCACUCCGACCGUCGCCUCUCUCACUAAGGUCAUCCACCUCCAACUCGAACCUCAAGCCCGCCAUCACCUCUCCACUCGUACCGAAACCUCCUUCAAGCCCACUCGCCACUCAAAACCCCAUUAUUCCACCUUCUCCCUCGCCGACGCCUUCAAUGGCCGGAUCCACGUCACUGACACCUCCGACUGCAAGAGACAGCGCGAUCUCCGGGCCGCCCUCGCCGGCGUUCUCGAAUUCGAACAUGAGCUUGAGAGGUUCGCAACAACUUCAACCUCAACACCAACUUCGUCAAAUGGGCUCGAGAACAACGCUUGGCGACCCACCUUCAUCUGCUACGUCGUCCGCGUCUGACGGGUCGAGUAUGAACCCGGUUCUGGGGCGCUCAACGCCGAUGUCACGAAGUACGAUGGACUCUGCAUCAAUUUAUUCUGGUGGGCGGGCAUCGCCAUUUGGAGCCCAAGCCCCGUCGCGGACGGCUUCGUUGCAGCCCCAGGCGCCGAAUAGAUCGAGAGCAGAUUCGGUUACUCCGAACCCUCAUACGUCUGCGUCGAGUUCGAGUAUGGAUGGUGUGACAACUGCGAGGAGGGUGGUGUCGCCGCCUCCUGGAAGUUCGAGUGGAAGUGGUGGCGGAGUGUUCAGGCAGACAUCGUUGAGGUCAAAGCUCUCGUUACCGAACCUAAGGCGAAACAAGAGCAAGCAGGACGAUGAGGCACGUGGGCCAUCAGUCGACAUAGAGCGGGAACGCGAAAGACUUGCCAUGGGACGUCGUUCCUCUGCCACUGCCGAGAACGCCUCGAACGGGAAGGACAAGGACCUGGAAGUCCUCCAAGUGCAAGAUAUGGAGUUCGAGCUCGUACGACCAUCCUUCUCUCAAUUCCAAGCGGCGCGCACGAGCGAAGACUCGAACGUCCUCGGGCGGGAGCCCUCGUUCGACGGUCGCCUCGACACCGCCACGCCGGGGUCGUCCUUCCUCCGCCCCGACAGCCCUGCGAUGUCCAUCUCCAGCGGUGGUGGCACGAGUAGGCUUUCAGGCCAUCGAUCGCCGACAGUCGAGAGCGCGACGGGCCUGUGGAUCCCCCAGCCGCCUGCACCGCCGUCGAGUGCAGGUGGGUCUAGGAGCAACACGGAUGCCGAGUCGAAUAUGGACGCACAUCGGCAGCGCGAGCUCAAGUGGAUGUCGCUCAUGUCGUCUGCACCCGCUUCGUCCUCCCGAAAGUCGAAGAAGGUGCGCAAGCUCCUGAUGGAAGGCGUUCCCUCGUCUGUACGAUAUCUUGUGUGGUCGUACCUGACGGAUGGGAAGGCGAGGUGUGUGCCUGGGGUGUAUGCGCAGCUGUGUGGAAGAGGCAGGGUAGGUGCGAGCAGUGCAAUCGAGCGAGACGUGGAGAGGGCGGUUUGUUUUGAGCAGGUGGAGAGGGAGCGCGCGAUGGAAGAGGACGGUGCUCCCGGUGCUGGAGGGGCGAGGGGUUAUUUAAGUGGGACCCGAGGCGCGGUUGUCACGUUGCUACAGGCCUAUCUGAACAUGGUACCAGAUGUUCAAUAUUCAAAGGGCCUCACCCUGAUCGUCGGUCAACUGCUCCUCCUUGCGCCCGAGGAAGACGCCUUCUGGAUCUUCGUCUCGAUCAUGGAUACCCACGUUCGCGCGUACUUCUCAGCCACGACGACACAGAUGGAGGUCGAUGCCGCGUUGUUUUCACGUGCGCUCGAGGCGAACGAUGCUCCACUCGCGCGGAAGCUCCUCGUGGACAUGGGCAUACUGCCAGGGGCGAUCUGUGCGCCUUGGUUCUCGACGCUAUUCGUAGGCACUUUACCGCCGGAGUACUUAAAUCGGGUGUGGGACCUCUUCCUAUACGAAGGGAUCCCUUUCCUCCUCCGCGUCGCCCUCGCCCUCAUGAUAUGUUGCCGUCGCAAGCUCCUUGAUGCGACCAGCGAAGAGGUUGUCCUCCAAACCCUUGCUCAACCACCAAGUGCAUGGCUACCUGCUACGCUCGAUGCUUUCCUCUCGCUCGCGUUCUCGGUCAAGCUUAAGGAUGACGACAUCCGCAAGCAGCGCGUGAAGAUGGAAGCACAGGUUAAGCGCCAGACCCAGGCUCCGCGUCCAUCCAACGUUGGUGGAGCCGGGAUCUCUUUGCCUCGAACCUGA